UAUACUCGCCGGAGCCGCACACACUUUAGUGCAGAACAGCUUCAAACAUUAAAACAAGUGUUUGAAGAGACCAUGUACCCAGAUUGGGCUACCAUGAUGGAACUUAUUUCAUCUACUCAGCUAGACGAAUCAGUUAUAAAGACUUGGUUUAAGAACCAGCGUGUCAAAAGAAAGAAGGAACUACAACAAACUGAUUCACAUUCGUCACUAAAAGCACCAAACCAGAUGACUUCAAUUAAGGAGGAGGAGUCCUCCUUACCUGCAGCUUCAGAGAACACUCAUCCCAAGAGUCUCAGUAUUUUGGAUACCUGUGACCAUGAACUACCGCAGCCUCCUAAUAUCGAGCAAUCUGGAGGAGCUGGUCCUUCCAAGUGGAAUUCAUCUUGGGAUUCCCAGCCACAUGAUCUCCAACAGAUAUGUCUGGGGGACUCUGAUCCUCCUUGGGCCUCCGUUCCCUAUGACAUAGAUGAGUUUAUACAACAAUAUGCCUUACCUGGGGAUGAUAAUUUAGAUCAGUACCUCUCCCCCAAGUGUCCCAGUUGA